CCAGUCUUCACAUUCUCUUUUAAACCCUACCCCAAUUAUAAACCCUAAAUAUUUUCUCCCUAAAAUUCCAACUUCAAACACGCUAAACAUCCUGAAAAAAACGCUUUCAAUGGAUAAGCUCGAAACGGCUCCAAAAGAGGUUCUGGUCGACAUUGUGAAAUUGGCACAAAAGCGAGAAAUGAAAGGUAGUAAUGGAGGCUGGAAGGACUUCUUAGCUGUUUAUGACAAGAAGAUUGGGGUCAGCUUGAGUGAUCCAGCAAGGAGGUCCACUGAAGCAUUGAUUGCUUUCUUGAAUACAUUCAGUGAUAUUGAUGAUUUGAAGUUUUUUGAUAAAGUAGCAGAGAAACAUUACAGCUUGGAACAUAUCGAAAAGAAAACAGAUAAAUUAUCCCCCGAACAGGAGCUUGUCUACAAGACUAUUGGUCAUCCACAAUACGCACAAAGUUAUUCAUUUCCAUCAUAUGAGGAGGGGUGGAUAAUCACAAAGGAGAGAAAAAAGGCUAAAGCAAAUCGAUCAAAUGCAAUGGUUGCAAUUGAUUGUGAGAUGGUGUUAUGUGAAGAUGGAAGUGAUGCUUUGGUUAGGGUUUGUGUUGUGGAUCGUGAUUUAAAGGUCAAACUUGAUGAACUUGUUAAGCCUGAAAAAGCAGUUGCUGAUUAUAGAACUAAUAUAACUGGAGUUUCUGCCAAAGAUUUGGAACAAGUUACUUGUUCAUUACAAGAUGUACAGGAUUCUAUGAAGAAGAGACCAUCUUUGAAUGAUUUGUGUAAGGCAAUUUUGGGAUAUGAACUUCGAAAAGAAGGUGAACCACAUGAUUGUUUGGAGGAUGCACGAGCAGCAAUGAAACUUGUAAUUGCUAAAAUAGAAGCAGGAGUUGAUAAAAAUAUACCCUUGAAUCAAACUAACGUGGUUGAAGGUUCAGAUGCAAUGAAGUUACUUUGUCACCGCAUACCAGUCGCCAUUCCUGGAGAAAAAUUACUUGAAAUUAUUCCUGGAGACUUCACAAUUGAAGUGAAGGAAAAUAAGAAAGGUAAAGGAGACAAGUAUUCAGCUUUAGCAGUUUUUAAGAAUAAACAGGAGGCAGAUAAGGUGUACGAGGGUCUUAAGGGUGAUGAAAUUAAAGAUUCAUCUGGGCGUCCACAGAAGUUGAUUUUAUUUAAACUGGAAUCAGGUCUAGGUGGCAGUUUGUAUGUCCGGAAGAUGGUCCAACCUGGCGGUAGUAAUGUCCAGGUGGCAGCAUCGAAUAAACGGGGAGCCGAAGAGGAGGUGCCAGCUCAGCAUCACAAGAAGCUAAAAACAGAAGAUGAGACAAUGGAAUUAAAACAACAAACGGUUGUAUGUGAACAUUGUGAUGGUUACUUGAAAGAGAUUGAAAGCUUGAAGAAAAAAUUAAGUGAAAGAGAUCAAGAAAUAUCGACUUUACACAAGAUCAUUGUUUCUCAAGCAAGAAAACAAUCCGGAGUUUGACUUUGACUUGGUCAUAUAUGAAUUUUGUUUUGGCGUUUUGAAAUUUUGG